UCAAUACUGUGCCUCACCAUCAGACUCACUCAGUCGCUCGUUCCCUCCUCAGCGCCAAAUAAACUCAACACCAUUUCCCAAAGCGCCUAAAGUGCAGUACAUGCGAUUUUACGCCUUACACUGCCAAUAGCAUGCCAUGCGCAAACGUUGUGUAUCGUGAAACCUUCGAUUUUUACAUACUGACCUUUGAUUUGCUUCAGUCUCUUGUAUUAUGCAUAGAGCAAGCUCCAGGAUCCCUUCGCCCUCCCCAUCCAACGAUCCCUCACAUUUGAGCAGAAAAGCGCUUGUUUUGUGCUUGCUUUUACGCCUUGUGACAUCCAAUGUGUCCAGUGACAUGCCAACAUGGCUACAAGCCUGCCUUUUUCUGCCCAGUGCCAACGACCCACACACCCAAGAAAUGGCAUCUCCGGGUAUUUUGAUACCAAAAUGUGCCCUCCAUACCUCUAACAGCUAUAGCCCACGAAGCCAGCCAGCCAAGCGUCGCGUCGCGUCGCGUCGAACUUCAGGACCCAUGGUCGUCGUAGAUUCCCAUCUGCUGACCGCUCUCCUGACCCCCACGUCCAACUUCAAAUGUCUUUUCCCAGCCCCAAAUCCAACAACACCCAAGCCGGGAUAUCUACGAGUCGAAGCCGCAUCACCCCAUUUUCAUCUCCACCCAAACUAUUCCCCACACUACGCCACACUUUACGGGCACUUUCCACUUCGAGCAAAUGACCCCUGUAAAAGGCCCAUGUCUGGGUUCCAAAAACAGAUGAAUUUUGCCGGUCAGAACGGAGUCCCAGCGGUCUGGAUCGUGGAGUUGCUCUCCCUUGGCCGUGUCCGUGCGCGGAUGCACAUUGUCUGGGGGAAGCACACCGAAUUCAGGAUACGACAAGGAUUGAGUAGUUGAGGGAGUGGCUUCGUAUUACAUUUGAGAGAUUGAUAGAUGACAACAAAGACCCUGGAUGCUUGGCGGUUUGGGAGAACGAAGGCAGGCAUACUUUUUCUAGAACAUGGUGAGGGAUUGUGGACA